AUCUCCAUGGCGACCGCCACCCGGUCACCCAUUUGGCCUCCGAGGCCGGAGUUGCGUCAUUGUCUAUGCGCCGGAAGCGAUCGCUCCUGAGCCGGCGCCGGCUGACAACACCCGGCUGGGGCCAACGCCGGCAGAGUUAGACCUUCCUCGGCCAGUGUCGACUGGCGGGGGCUACGGACCUCUGCUGGCCCCUGGACAAUGUCCGUGUUUCACGACGAAGUAGAGAUCGAGGACUUCCAAUAUGACGAAGAUUCGGAGGCAUAUUUCUACCCCUGCCCGUGUGGGGAUAACUUCUGCAUUACCAAGGAAGAUUUGGAGAAUGGGGAAGACGUGGCAACCUGUCCUAGCUGCUCUCUUAUUGUAAAAGUGAUUUAUGACAAGGAUCAGUUUAUGCGUGGAGAAACAGUGUCACCCCCUUCCACCCACAAAGAAUUAGUUAAAUGCUAAAGAGGACUUUAGAAAUCUACAUCCUGAACAUUUGGGAAUGAGCCAAGCUGGAAAAAUCAAAUGCAAAGUCACCGGCUUCCUUCACGGGAACAACCCUUCCAUAGUUGGCUGUGCCAUUAGCGUGUGGCUCUUUACCAUUGGCUGCUGAGUUCAUCUCCAAUUAAAGAAGCAAGUGACAUUCCUGGAUUUUGUGCUUAGAACUUUGAAUUGGAAAUGUUCUCCAUUUUCCUUGUGAGUUUAAAGGAAGAUCUUUUCAAAUCAGCGCUUUCUUUCUCUCAGUAUCAUUUUUGUGUCUUACACCUGAUUUCUUCCUUAUCCGAUAACAGCAUCAUCUACCUCAAAGUCAUUAGGAUUCCUUAAUAAAAGGGGGGAUUAUAUUUUUGGCUUAGCUAUUAAGAUUAUUAGUAUUAGCGCUUUCUUUGAAAUUGGACAUUCUUUUGCCAUUCUAAACUUAAGCAAAUUUGUUGCUUUGUCCCACUGUGUUUUCAGGUCCCACACCAAGCCAGUCUGCUCAGUCUUGCAUUCGUAAGAACUCAGUUCCUGUUUUGCGUAGCAAACAAUUUCCAUUGUACUUCCUGCAUUCAGUUCUGGUCAGUACCAAGCUCAUAAUUUUUCCAGAGCCUGAAGAUAGAAAGUAAGGUCAAAAAGUGAAAUGGUCAAGGAAUUGGAAGUUUCCUUAUCCUUAUUCUACAUGUGCCUUGAAAAUUGGGACAAGAUAAAAAGAAAAGCAGCCAAAGGAACUGAAGUUGGAAGCAGAACAAAAAGAAAAAUUUGCCAACUUAGUAAAUUGAAUGCUUCAGUGGCUUUGCCAGAUCCGAGCAGACCAUAUUUGUGUGAUCUGGGUCUUGUCUGUCGUACUGUGUUUAGCUAAGGCUAAUAACAUGGCGCGAGAGAGGGCCCCCUGUCAAGGUUUCGUGGCUGGCCGCAGUGCUUUCAGCGUCACCUCAGCAUCAGGUCACUAGCCCUGAAACGUAGAGCUGCUACAACAGCUCUUGCUGAGGAUGAACCUGAAUAUGAGAUGCCUGUUCUAAAUAAAUGUGUCCCUAGGGACACAUCUAACCAGUGUUUAUAGGCUGUAACUGAACCAGACAUCCAUGCUUACAGAGAAAUGUUGCCCUGGAAAAAAACAAAUUUAUAAAGGUAGGCUAUCAGUCCUCCUUUGCUGUGGAUAAUAGCAAGAAAUUAGAAUCACAUGAAAAUCCAAAGAUGUCUUUCAUAUACACAACUUUGCAGUGUGUUUCUAAAAUUUAAAAAAACAAAAAACAAACAAACAAAACAACCUCACUGAUGCCUGGCAGGUUGUUUUGGGAACAGCUCAUGCAAUUAAAAAAAAAAA